AUGGCGUUACGUGUCCAAUUCGAAAACAACAACGAGGUGGGAGUUUUCAGUAAACUUACAAAUUCAUAUUGCCUUGUCGCAAUCGGCGGGUCUGAGAAUUUUUACAGCGUGUUUGAAGCUGAAUUGGCAGACACAAUUCCAGUAGUACACAUUAGUAUUGCUGGUUGCAGAAUUAUCGGUCGUAUGACAGUAGCGAACAAGAACGGCCUGCUGGUCCCGGCAUCAACUACAGACACAGAAUUACAACAUAUACGCAACAGCUUGCCGGACAACGUUAAAGUGCAAAGAGUCGAGGAACGUCUAAGUGCCCUCGGUAAUGUUAUUGCUUGCAAUGAUUAUGUCGCACUAGUUCACCCAGACCUCGAUAAAGACACAGAGGAAAUUCUCGCUGACACACUGGAUGUGGAAGUUUUUAGGCAAACAGUAGCUGGCAAUGUUUUGGUAGGAUCAUAUACCGCGCUCAGCAACAGGGGUGGGUUGGUGCACCCCAAGACAACUAUACAGGAUCAAGACGAGUUAUCUUCCCUAUUACAAGUACCUCUGGUAGCCGGAACAGUGAAUCGUGGCAGUGACGUAGUCGCAGCCGGCCUAGUGGUCAACGACUGGUGCGCCUUCUGUGGCAUGGACACUACUUCGACUGAGAUAUCAGUGAUUGAGAGUGUGUUCAAACUGAAUGAUGCUAAACCUACAGCCAUCACUUCAACCAUGCGUGCCUCUCUCAUAGAUAGUAUGUCAUAA